AAUUUAGAUGACUUCUUUAAAAUGGCUUCAAAUACUUGAUAAAAAUCAAAUAGUUGUUCAUUCAUUUAUAACACCAAAAUCCAACCUUUAUUUAUUUUUAUGUUACAGAUGUUUGCAUAAUCAGCAGGUUAGAUACUAUCAAAGGCGCCCUGAAAAAAAAGGACUAAUUUCUCGUUUUAUUGAAAACAUACAAGAAGGGUUAAAAAGAGAUAAGCAGAUGCAGGAAAAUCUAAAGAAAUUUAAAGAAGAAGCAAAAAAGUUUGAUGAGUCUGAUGCAAUAAAAGAAGCAAAGUUAAAACUAUCAACUGUUAAUCGUAUUAAGGAACAAGUUUCACCUUAUUUAAAACAAGUUGAAGGUACUGUUAAAAGUUCAGCUGGUACAGUAAGCAAAACAGUUGAAAAAUUGUAUGAAGAUGCUACUAAAUCUGAAAUUUUCAAGAAAGGACAAGAGGGUGUGUAUGAGCUAGGUAAAUCUGUUAAGCAGGCAGCUUCUACAAUAUCAAAGCACAGUGAAGAAAUUGAAAAAAAUGAGACUUUUAAAACAGCAUCACAGGCUUUUUCCAAAGUAAAGGAAGAUCUUUUUGAUGAUAUUGCAAAGGAAUCUCGGCCGUAUCAACGCCCUGAACAUCUUAAAAGACGUACUCAAUUGAAUAAAGCAGAAAAAAAGAUCGAAGCAAACACUGAUGAACAAGAAGUUGUUUUGCAUAAGGAUUCAAAAUGGCAAGAACAAUGGAAAAAUUUUAGAGAUAAUAAUCCUGUGGUCACAGGUUUGUUUUCUCUCAAAACCAAGUAUGAUGAGUCAGACAAUGUAAUAAUUCGUGCAACAAGAGUUGUAACAAAUAAACUUUCUGAUGUGUUUAGCGAUGUGUUUUCUCAAUCAGAGCAAGCAGCCACGAUAGCUGAAAUAACAAAAAUUGAUCCUUCUUUUAAUAAAGACAAGUUUAUUAAAGAAUGUGAGUUUGAAAUCAUACCAACUGUUUUAGAAGCAUAUCUUCGAGGAGAUAUUGAGUGUUUACAAGAUUGGUGUCAUGAGGGGGUGUUCAGUAUUCUAUCUACACAAAUUAAAAAUAACUCUGCGCAGGGAUUGGUUAAUGAAUCAAGAAUACUAGAUAUUCGUGACGUUGAUCUUGUCAUGGCAAAAAUAAUGGAGCAGGGACCUGUUCUUAUUUUAACUUUUCAAGCUCAGCAAGUGAGUAUCAUGAAAGAUUCAAAAGGAAAAAUUAUAGAAGGAGGAGAGGAUAACAUUGAGAGUGUUAACUAUGUUUGGGCCAUGUGUCGCGAUCAGUCAAUAUACGACCACCAUUCUGCAUGGAGAGUUUUAGAAUUAGGAAUACAACAAGCAACACCAUAUAUUUAAAAUGAUUAAAUUAAGACUGUAAAACUUUUUUACUUGACUUUCUCUUGUAGUUUUAGAACCUCCAAAACCUUUAAAAAAGCAA